AUGGCCGACAUUCCCUGCCCCAAAUCCGUGAUCAUCGUCGGCGGUUCUCUGGCCGGUCUUAUGCACGCGCUGGUCUUUCUGUCCCUGCCCUCGCCACCCACAGUGCGUAUACUAGAACGAUCACCAACCAAACUCCUCCACAAUCAAGGCGCGGGCAUAGUAGCUGGCCAGGAAGUCCAGGACUUUUUCGCUCAAUAUGUCAAACCUGGAAGAGAAAUUGCCAUCACCAGUAGUCUGCGCCACUACCUCAAUCGCACAGGUGAAGUGAUCCCCGACAGUGUCGACAAUCGGCAACAACGAAUGACGUCCUGGGACCUACUUUACCAUCUUCUUCGGUGGCGGGUGGAAGGUCUGGAGACAAGCUAUGUUCUGGACCAGGCGUCAAGGAAUGGUGGGGAGGCGGAAGCGACUUAUGAGAACGGCUGUACUGUCUCCGACAUCAAAUAUAUACCCGCCAAAGGAGUCCAAGUAACAUGGAGCAGUGUCGACCUAGGCGAACAGACUKCCAUCGUUGAUCAAGUCAUUGCUGCCGAUGGUGGAUCAUCCAAAGUGAGAGCACUACUUCUGCCGGAGAUCGAACGAAGGUAUGCUGGCUAUGUGGCAUGGCGAGGUACAGUCCCAGAGAGCCAGCUCUCCCCUUCCGCCCGAGAAGUCUUCAUCGAGAGGUUCACCUUCUUCCAUGCAGAGGGAAUACAGAUCCUAGGCUACGUGAUUCCCGGCACGAACGGAACAAUGAUGCCCGAAGAACGGCUCUUUAACUGGGUGUGGUAUUGCAACUAUGCAGAUGGAAGCCCAGAGCUCGAGGAGCUGAUGACCGAUGUCCGUGGACGGCGCCAUGCCAUCACGCUUCCCGUAGAUAGGAUACAGUCGCAUGUAUGGGAACGGCAAAAGGAGUAUGCUGGGAAGGUGUUGCCGCCGCAAUUCGCAGAGGCUGUGGAGAAGACAGCGCAUCCCUUCGUGCAAGCCGUGACGGACGUUAUCAGUCCACAAAACAGUUUCUUCGAUGGGAAACUUCUGCUAGUGGGAGACGCAUUGGCUGGGUUUCGACCGCACACAGCUCGCUCAUCUGGUCAGGCGGCAUAUGACGCUCUAGAAAUGGGAAAAUUGCUCAGGGGUGAAAUCAGCAAAAAGGAAUAUCAGAUCUCGGUAAUGGACUUUGCAGAGACAGUGCAGAGGAGUGGUGUUGCUAUGGGAGAGCGAAGUCAGUUUGGUAGGCACCCUUUCGCGUAG